AUGGCAGUAGCAUUGGACCAACAACAUUUAUGUGCCUUAAAAGCAUCAGAUUUCUUUAACAACUCUUGUACACUCGAACAACGACACCAUAUCAUGACGACGAUGGAUAUCAAACUCUACGAGAGCUAUAUCUUUCUUGGCAAACCAGACGAUUACCUAAGAAUCCUUGUUGCUCCCCUUCCUCCACAACCAACAGCAGAGAGAUGCUACCAACUCGUUGGUAAUACCAAUGAAAUAGAUGAAGUUAUGGUAAAGUAUCCACCGACACAUUACACCUAUGGUUGCUCGUACAACUCAAAGACCAUUCACGAGUUGGUCUAUAGUAAUUGGAACCAAGGUGCACGACUCUACUUUCUUCAUCCAUACAUGAUGGGUGACAACAGCUCUGCAUUUGAAUGGGGUUAUGCUGCAUGGUGUAAAGGUCUAUUAGACCAACCCGACAAAGAUAAAUGGGUUCACGGAUACUACAAACUAGAGAAUGGUAGAAUGGUCAGAUAUGGUAGUAAUGAUCAAAGUUGGGGUCGUCUCUAUAUUAAACCUAUUUGUUAA